AUGAAGUUCUAUGGGGAAACGCACAUCCCGCUCCAGCAAUUCUCAGUCACUCCCGAAGUUCGUAUUCUGCCUGAUCCAAACUCUUCAUGGUCUGCAUCAUCAGCUCGCAGCCAUUCAGCAUCAACAUCAUUAAAUGUAUUGUCAGAUGUAUAUCAUCCAGCCACGCUGCCCAGAUCCAUCAUCGUAUGGAUGCUAACUGGAGCAUCACGGGAAUAUUUAGAGCUUCGAUUCAUUCCCAUAGCACAGGACUCGUCGGUGCCCUCGCCAUCAGGAAAUCGUAUGUUAUUCAAAGCACCUCAUUCAAUAUUGCCAGGUGUCUUGGUAUCUGAAGAUGCCGAUACGUUUGCCCUAAAUGUAUUGUUUGUCACCUCCGGGAACGUAUUCUAUCGACUCACCUUUCCUGCACCACUGUGGUUUGAAGCAUCGUCGCCAGACUACGUCUUCCAUCAGACUAUAGAGUUUGAGGGAAUCGAACAGACAGAGCCUCUAGUCGCACACUUUGUGAAUACAAAUACUGUCAUGGUUGGAUACGCGAACGGUCAUGUUGCUAAACUAGAGUGCGCACGAAAUUCAGUCAUUGCAACAAAGCAGCACACUCAUGUCUUGAAGGAGGAAGCAUGGACUGAGCGAUUUGCCAACCAAUUUGGCAAUAAUCCACUAGUAAAGACAUUAAAGACUUUGGCUUUUGUUGAAUUACCUCCUAGGAUCCAUGAGGUUGCCGCAGUUGCGUCUCUUAUAUAUGGUGACAAUCUCAUGCUCGGGUUUGUCCUGGGACAGGACCGUAAGCUUCGAGUAUGGAAUCUAUUGUCAAAUACGCUAGCUCAAACUAUAGUUAUACCAUCUUCAACAAACGGAGGUGAUCACAAAGCAUCUGCCACUCUUUCAAAUGGAAUAGGUCACUACAUACAAAUAUUUGACGAGGAAGCUGAAGUCAUCAACAACAACUUCCAGCCAAGUACAGUACACUUCAAACUAGCAGUCAUGAUCCCACAGUCUCCAAAUCCCUUCUUGGCCAUAUACGGUGGUAUAGCCGACAUUAGUGUGGGGUUCAAAGCGCUCAAAUUCAUAAAAACCAUGAGUUGUGAACCCAUACAAGACGUUGCAGGAGAUAGCUUUGCAGAAGAAGUCUUUGUCGACUUUAGGAUUAUAAAAUUGGAAUCCGGGUUUGAAUGCUGGACAUUGUGGGAGCUUCGAGGUGAAGCUGUUAUACGGCAUGCUCCUCUGGCUCUGUCAGAGCAAAUGAGCGGAGUCACUGAAGAACGAUGGAUAUCGCUGCCAAGUGGAGUGAACGAACAGAGAUUCGCACCCAGCUUUACUACCACUGUCUCGGCCCAAGCAUUUCUCGACUAUGCAUUUUAUCCAGGGCGCUUUUCGAAAUGGGUCAUUGAACAAGCUCUCGUCGAAUACGAGAGCAAUAGUAGACGAGCCCACGCAUCACAACCAACUUCAUUCAUCACUCUGAGAGAGUUACGAGAACGUGUAGCAAUUACAGUGGGUGGUAGUAUACGUCUUCAGUUACAGAAUGACAUCAACGAGCAUCGAAUGCUGGAAGCCUAUCAACAGACCCACGUAGAAGAAUGGAACCGAUUCUUGCAUGCUUGUACUAGUUUGCAACGAUCUGGUGCUCAUCCAACGGCUUUAUCAGUCAGACCCCAAACAGGCGCUAUCGCAAUUGUGCGUCGUGGUGGUGUAGGUCUAUUGAGAGAGUUGGAUACUGCUCAACUGAUUGCUGGCCCAAAUGCAAUAUCGCCAACACUAUUUGCUCUUCUUCCCAGUACAGAACUCCAAUAUGACUACCCUGAAUUGGAAAGUAAUGCAGCUAGAUCCGACCUGACCUCAUAUUUUAGCAUAUUGGCGUUGAUUAAAGAAGUCAUUCCCGCACAAAGCCUGAAUCUAAUACAUAGUGAAUUGGUAAAGGCGUUAUCUUUGAAAGUAUCCAUAGGCCAGCAUCUUGUUGAUGUUGCUCAGCAGCAUCUUGCCCCAAUAGUAGGAAAUAGUACGCUAAGAGCUCGUAUCGGCAGUAUCGCAAUAGGAAUGUCCAGCAAUACAGAAUUCUGGACACGUUUGACGAACAUUGUGUCCCGAGAAGUGCCCAUACCAGAACCACUUCCUACAUCAGAGGAGACUUUCAGGAUUCGCUUGGGCUGGAUGGGUAUGGCACUAGUGGAGCAGGCGCUAAACCAAGCCAUUGCCUCUAGAGCACAACUCUGCUUUGAUAUGAUGCUUGUUUUAAUGACCAUUACCGCUAGUGCUGUCAAAAAACGCAGUCAAGUUCCCACCAUCAUGAUGGUGGAUGGUCUCCGACUCUUCCAAACAUAUGCCCUCUUGGCUGCCUUGACUGGGAAAAUGGUGCGGAUCCCAGAAUUCGAAGCUGCUGCCAGUAUGACUGAUCCAAGACGACCAAAAGCCUUAAUCAGAGAAGCCACGCGAGUACUAGUAGGUCAGUUUGCUGAUAUGCGAGUAAAGGAGGACAGUCAAUAUGCUGCCACGGGCGAUGAUUUGGAAUCCUUCUUAUUCCAAGUCGUUCGCCUAUAUAUGGAUAUUCCAAUCAACAUUGAUAAUGGUAGUUUGUCUCAGGGUCUCCGAGCUGCAGGUAUAAUGUCCUUAAGCAAGUUGCAGCAACCCACUCUCUUGAUGAAGUUGGGCUGUAGUAUGGCUGCUAAUGUUGAUGUAAUUGGCACCAUGGUGCAACAAUUACCACCUACUCGUGGAUCUGAGUACUUGGCUGGAUUAUGUGCCCUGACGACCACGGAUUAUGAAAAGGCUAGAGCAAGGUUCUUGAGAGCAGCCAGUGUAUCCGAUAAUGAUGAUUUGACGACAUUGCUGCCACCGGAAGUUCAGCCUGAUGGAAUUAUUGGCUAUUAUCGCCACAUUGCAUCUCUUCUGGCACCAUCUCCAGAGCAUGCCAUCAUCUUCGUGCAAGCUGCUCUUGAUGAAGUUGAACUUAAUGCUAGGGAUGGUCCGUCAGCUAUAUCUCUACUCAAGUCCUUGUUUACGUUGAAUCUCAGUAUUUUGAGGUUUGAGGAAGCUUUCCAUGUCAUGCAGUCUAUACAGGAUGAAGAGGCACGAUUGGGCUGUUUGAGUGUGCUCGUCUACGACUUUUGUGAAAAAAGGCAAGUCGAAGCAUUAUUCUCUGGUCGUCUGGCAUUUUCAGACAUGGAGGCAAAGAUUGAAGAGCUAUUGUGGUUCAAAGCCCAAAACUCUCCAGUCUGGCCACAACGGGAGCCACCAUACUACAAAAUCCUAUAUUCGUACUAUACCUAUCGAGGAAAUCAUCGAGGAGCUGCAUCUGCAAUGUUUCAGUACUCGAGAAGACUCUCCGAGCUGUCAAUUCGUAGUGACAGUCAUGUAGAUAUACCUAGUGCUAUCGAAGAACGUGCUCGAGCCUUGCUAGUCUCUAUACAAUCAUUGCAAUUGGCCGCCCCCGAGUUUGGUUGGAUUACUAUACCCAAAGUCACCGAUAAAGCUCUAGGAAGGCCCGCUAAACGACGGCGACUGACGACGUUUACAGAGCAGUCCGAAUUGCCCACGUUAGAAGCGGUUUCUACAACCGAUUUGACCAAAGAGUAUGAACUGACCAUGGUUCGACUUGUCUUGUCGGACAAGUUCCCUGCCCUUGUGACGUCGAAUGAAACCAUUGUACCCGAGACUGCUGUCGCAUUAUGUUGUGAAGCAGGAUAUUAUGAUAAUGCCUUUACUAUUGGUAAAUUAUUUGAAUUGGACUUGUCUGGUAUAUUUGCUAGUCUUGCUACUCGGUGUGUACGGCUUUAUCGAGAUCAUCGCGUAGGAAGUUUCGUCAUGGAAGGUGCUUCAGAGACAUGGGAAGGUACUCCAGCUGACAAGUUGAUGAAGUUGACUCGAUCGUAUCUUGAGUUGCAUGAUACACCAUCAACGGGGUAUCAGUAUCGAAGGCUUUUUAUAGAUAGGCUGUUAUCUGAUGAUUGGCAAUUCACAUUACCUUUGUGGCUUACCCAAUUCUAUGAGGUUGAUAAUGACCACAAGCACCGAACACACUUGAACGCCGAAGACAUGAUACGAAUAUACUUGAAGCAUGGUAGACUGAUGGAAGCUGUCAAGCUAGCGACAAGGACUGUUGAGCGAGAACUCCAAAAAGGCGGUAUAGAGAAUUUACCAGUACUUGGUCGCUGGUUGCCUUAUGCCAUAUUUGAUCAACUGGAAGAAUAUGCACGAGAAUCGAAACGGCAAAAUGCAACUGCAACAGAUGCUGCAGCUCUAUCUCAGAUGCGACGUGCAUUGGAUUCAUAUAUGAAGAAGGUCGCGAAAGAAAAUGAGAAUGUACGAGCAAUGGAAACUGACCUCAUGUCUGUUAACGAUGUGGUGCAGAAUGUAUUGAUGGAAGCCAAUCGUCGCUAG